CCCACCCCCCGCCGCCCCAGACAAAAAAAUGUUUUGCUCCAAAUCUUUAGCCGCCCGUUCGGCGCGGGGUGUUUGUUGUCGCCCCAUUUAGCAGCCGAUCGGCGGCCUUCCCACGGAUGCAAAUCGCCAGCGAGCCCCUCCGUCGCCUUACCCACGGCAAGACCGCGACGACUUCAAGAGCCGCCCGUGGUGGACUCGUCAUUCACGAUCGAUACCGAGAUGGAGGCCGGAGGGUCGCAGGCUGUCUCUGGAGGGCCCCAGGCUCUGUCCGCCCCGCGGGCCACGCUGCUCAAGCGGGAGGCCGCCGAGCGGCCCUGGCCGGGCGUCAUCGUGAAGCGUGAGGUGGUGGAUGGCUUCAGGCCUGACGCGGUGGCACUGUCACUAAAGCGUGAGCACGAGGAGGACGAGGAGGACGAGGAGGACGAGGAGGAGGGGGAGGAGGGGGAGGAUGAAGAGGAGGAGCCCGGCCAUGAUGCCUGGCCUCAGGUGAAGGUGAAGCAGGAAGACUCCGCAAACGCGAGCCCGCGGAGCGAGGACGACGAGACGGGGGGUGCCGGGGGGGGUGGGGGGAGGGGCCUCGUCGUCGUCUCCGGAGGGGGCGGCCGACAGGACGGCUGCCGAGGUGGAGGUGGAGCUGAGCGACGAGGACGGCGGCGGCGGCGGCGGCAGUGGCGGAGAGACGGGAGCCGCUCACUCGCGUGA